AUGUCUCAUGCCACGUACCAGAACAAAUGGGUGGAGUGCAUGCAGGAACUCAUGGAGCAGGUACAAAUCGAGUACCUGCCUGUGGACGCGAAAGAGAAUGGCCAGCACUUCGAACCCGGGUUUCAGCAUUUCGCCUUGUUGUACAUUAAGUACCUGCAAAUUUACAGGAAAUUAGAAGAGUGCCAUGACCAAAUGGUGCACCCACAAAAGCGCGGCAGCAUCAAAAAGGUCUUGAAAAGCACAAUUAUCCGCAUUUUGGAGUUGAAGGAGCAGCUCAUCACCUUCAACCUUCGGCCUCUCAAUCGCUUCGUGGCCUUAGAUGAGGUUCUUACAGACCUCAAACUCAAUCCCGAGACUGUGGAAUGGAAGGUUCCACGAUACUUCUUGGAUGGAAAGGAGUGCAGAGAGGAGAUCGAAGACAAACAACAUAAGAUUGACCAUUGGCUGGGAGUCUUCGGAAUGCCACUGGAGCCGGAUGACCUCUUGGACAAGAAAGAUCCUUUUGAGGUUGGCCUUACAACAGAUCAGGCGGUCGCCAUCAUUCAGAAGAAUGAGCGUGGUCGCAUGAACAUAGUGAAAGCCGACCACAGAGUGCAAUUCUUUAAAGCUUCUAAGAAGGAUGCUUCCAAAAAGCAGGAGUCUGCUGAAGAUCCUUUGGAAAGCCAGGUUUUGGCUGCCACUCGAAUUGCGGCACACUGGAAGCGAAAGGUCGACCGUCGACGCUUUUUGAAGAUGCGUGAGGAGGAGUUUGAAUUCCUUGGGAUGGCUCCUCCAAAAAAAGACAAGGGUGAUACCGAUGUGAUUGCAGAGAUGCAAAAGCACCGAGAAAACAGGAAAAAAAUGCAGGAAGAUGCAGAUGAUGUCUUCGAAAAGGCACUAAAGCAGCAGCUCGAAUGGCUUCAGAAAAAGAAGGGAGCAGACAUCAAGGCGGAACUACUGGAAGAACGCCGGCAGUGGAUUCUGGACUAUUGCCAGGACCCUGAGAAUGGCAAAGAGUUCCCAGAGAAGUGCCUCUCCCAGAGAUAUUUUGGUGAAACCGAUGGCUUCCUGCACAAAGGCUGGAUGUUGCAGCUGAAAGUAGCUGAGGUUUGA